CAGUGAUCAAAUAUAAGUAUUACUCGAGAAGUACAAUCAUCUUGUCAUUUCCCAGUCGUCAAGUAUCGGCUUUGCUUCGACCUCUGCAUUCAUCCUUCGAGUCACCGACCUUUGCAGUCUCCUCGAUUUACCCGUUCACUCGUUAGCCUAGACAAGACAACAAAGCUUCUCUUGACUAUCGCCCACCCAAUUCAGUGUCGCAGUUCAAGAUGGCAAGCUUAAAUUUCACUACUCUGGACGUCUUCACGACCAGGAAGUUCGCUGGCAAUCCAUUAGCUGUCUGUCAAGUCCCCAAGGGCGUCACCCUCACUCAGGAGCAAAAGCAAACCAUUGCCGUCGAGUUCAACUUAUCGGAGACAACCUUCCUUCAUCCGUGCUCGAAUGAAGGUAGCGAGGUGCCCGAGUGGCCGCUCGAUAUUUUUACAGUAAAGACUGAGCUUCCUUUUGCUGGACAUCCAACUAUUGGAACUGCUUGCCAUAUCUUGGGACAGACUGGGAAGACCAAGGGCAGAUUCAAGGUCAAGGCUGGUAUCAUCGAGCUUGACUUUGUGGAUGGUGUGGCUAAGGCUUCUAUUCCUCACAACACGCAUGUCCAUUCUUCCACCGAUUUGUCUUCUGCUCGUAUGCUGGAGUGGCAAUCUGGUCUCAAGCCGUUCUACCAAUCUGCCGAGUUGAAGACCGAUGUCGUGAGCCCCGUCAAGGGCAUGAACUUUGCCCUCGUCGAGCUCAAGAGUUUGGAGGAGUUGGCUGCCGUCGUCUUGCCCGGUACAGAGAUCAACUUCUCCCUCGAUGAGGACUGGGACGUCGGACCGUGCUUCGGCAAGUUCUUCGUCCAGAUGCCUGAUCAAGGCGAUGGCGUCAGAAGAUUGAGAACGAGAAUGAUCGAGGGUAGCUUCGAGGACCCGGCAACUGGCAGUGCAUGCUGCGCCCUCACGGCGUACUUGGUCCUCAAGGAGGGCAUCCAGGAUGGCAAGGUCAAGUUCGACAUCUUGCAGGCUGUCGAGAUUGGAAGACCAAGCGAGAUCGGUGUGGAAGUCGAGGUCAAGGGGGGUGAGAUACAGACCAUCAUACUCUCUGGAAACAACCGCAUCGUUGCCACGAACAACGAAGUCAGCGCUGCCGAGCCACGAAACCGCUACCCCGUAUCUGUGGCCCCAGGUCCUUUUGGAUCCCCACGCCUGAGCUACGGUCAGCUAUAUAAUCAUCGCAAAGCACUAAUAAGCGUCGUCACGUCCUCAUAGUCACGCUUCCAGCUGGUACACUGCUCAUUACGUGAACACGACUCUUGCAUACUUCCAUCGCUCACCUCCUGGCUGCACGACAACAGCUCCUCCUUUGCACUACUACUGUCAGAGAGUCUUACCCGAGAAUUAACUUGCUAUUUCUCAAGUGGGAGGA